AUGGAGAAUGGGGCCCCCCCCACGGCCCCCCCCGAGAGCACAGGACACCGCCUCCUCGUUAACCUAACGAGUGUCAUUAAGCCAACCCGUGUCAUUAACCCAACGAACCUCAUUAACCUAACGAACCUCAUUAACCUAAGCAACCGCGUUAACCCAACGAGCUUCGUUGACCCAACGAGCUUCCAACCCAACUUGUUGCCCAUUGGCUGCACCGUUGGCGUUCAGGUUGCCAUUGACCCCAACCACCCCCACUCCCUCAUUAACCUCAUUAACCUCAUUAAUCCAACGAACCUCAUUAACCCAACGAACCUCAUUAACCUAAGGAACCUCAUUAACCCAACGAGCUUCAUUGACCCAACGAGCUUCCAACCCAACUUGUUGCCCAUUGGCUGCACCGUUGGCGUUCAGGUUGCCAUUGACCCCAACCACCCCCACUCCCUCAUUAACCUCAUUAACCUCAUUAAUCCAACGAACCUCAUUAACCCAACGAACCUCAUUAACCUAAGGAACCUCAUUAACCCAACGAGCUUCAUUGACCCAACGAGCUUCCAACCCAACUUGUUGCCCAUUGGCCGCACCGUUGGCGUUCAGGUUGCCAUUGACCCCAACCACCCCCACUCCCUCAUUAACCUCAUUACUCUCAUUGCCCUAAUUACCCUCAUUACCCUAAUGAGCUCACCCGUUCCUUGGCACACCCCCACCCCCUUCCCGGACUACAGCGACCUAAACAACGUAACCUUCAACGACAUCGGCGGCCACCACCGCAUCCCGUGGACUCACCGCGUGGCGUUGGCUCUCUACGCCGCCAUUUUCCUUCUGGGCAUCCCCGGCAACGCGGCGGUGGUUUGGCUGAGCUCCGCGGCGCAGCGCCACGCCGUGCCCGCCGUCUGGUUCCUCCACCUCGCCGUAGCCGACCUGCUGUGCUGCGCCGCGCUGCCGUUCCUCGCCAUCCCGGUGGCCGGCGAUCACCGUUGGCCGUUGGGCGACUUCGGUUGCAAGCUGUUCCCGGCCUUGGCGGUGCUCAACAUGUACGCCAGCGUGCUCCUCUUGGCCACCAUCAGCGCCGAUCGGUGCCUUAUGGUCACCCGGCCGGCCUGGUGCCACAACCACCGCACGCCGCGCGCCGCGCACCGCGUCUGCCUCAUUGUGUGGUCGGCGGCCGCCGUCCUCACCGUGCCCACCUUCCUCUUCCGAGCCACCAGCCAGGACCCCUUCGCCGACGCCGAGAUGUGCGUGGUGGAUUACGGCGCGGCCCGGCAGCACCGCCGCUUCGCCGAAGCCUUCACCGCCGCCCUCCGCUUCGCCGCCGGAUUCCUGCUGCCCUUCUCCGCCAUCACGGCGUGCCACGCUUUCCUCCUGGCCCGGCUCCACGCGCGGCACUUCACCCGGACGCGCCGCGCCGCCGGCACCGUGUUGGCGGUCAUCGUCACCUUCUUCGUGUGCUGGCUGCCCUACCACGUCGUGGGGCUGAUCCUCGCCGCCACCGCGCCCGGCGCCGCGCUCUACCAGGGGGCGAUGGCGGCGGAUCCGGUGCUCACCGGGUUGGCCUACGCCAACAGCUGCGCCAACCCGUUGAUCUACGCGGCGGCGGCGGGGCGGCGCGGGGGGUGGGGGGGUGGGGGGCGAGGAACGGGGGCGUGGUGCGCCGCGCUGCGCCGCGUGCUGAGCGAGGAGCCCAACAGCAGCGCCAACACCGGGAGCCGAUCGGCCGCCCACGUGGCCACCAUUGAUACAGAGGUGUGAGGGAGGAGGUGCGGUUGGGGGGCGGUGGUUGGGGGGUGGGCGGAUGCGUGGGGUCGCUGUCUUUGGGGUUGGGGCCUCCUUGGGGUCAUCGUCUUCUUGGCAUCAUCUUCUUUGGUCAUCGUCUUCUUGGGACCAUCAUCUUCUUGAGGUCAUCGUCUUCUUGGGGUUGUCACCUUAUUGGGGUCGCUGUCUUUGGGGUUGGGGCCUCCUUGGGGUCAUUGUCUUCUUGGGGUCAUCACCUUAUUGGGGUCGCUGUCAUUGAGGUUGGGGCCUCCUUGGGGUCAUUGUCUUCUUGGGGUCAUCACCUUAUUGGGGUCGCUGCCUUUGGGGUUGGGGCCUCCUUGGGGUCAUUGUCUUCUUGGGGUCAUCAUCUUUGGGGUUGGCACAUUGGGGUCAUCAUCUUCUUGGCAUCAUCUUCUUUGGUCAUCAUCUUCUUGGGAUCAUCAUCUUCUUGAGGUCAUCGUCUUCUUGGGGUCAUCACCUUAUUGGGGUUGCUGCCUUUGGGGUUGGGGCCUCCUUGGGGUCAUCGUCUUCUUGGGGUCAUCAUCUUUGGGGUUGGCACAUUGGGGUCAUUGUCUUCUUGGGGUCAUUGUCUUUGUGGUUGGCAUAUUGGGGUUAUCAUUUUCUUGGGAUCAUCAUCUCCUUGGGGUCACCAUCUUUGAGGUUUUGGGGUCAUCCUCUUCUUGGGAUCACCAUCUUUUUGGGGUCACCACCUCCUUGGAGUCAUCAGCUUUUUGGGGUCAUUGUCUUCUUGAAGUCACCUCUUUGGGGUCGCCAUCUUUGGGGUUUUGGGGUCACCAUCUUUGGGGUUGUCACCGUCGCUUUGGGGUCUCCCAUCUUUUUGGGGUCUCCACUUUUGGGGUCACUUUGGGGUUCAUUGCCAAAUUAAAAACCAAACCCCAAAACA